AUGGCCACUUUGACUCAGACUCAACCAUCGAAGCUUGCCCUUGAUUCUGUUGAUUUGGCCAACUCUGUGGUCCACCCAGUACUCAACAUCCCUCCAAAGCAGCAGGCUUCCUUGCUUAGUGAGAGGACCCAGUAUCAUGGCGAAGUGCCUAGCCUUCAUUUGAAUACCAUAGACUUCCGGGUACGGCUUCUUCGCAAACUACGCGAAGGAUGGAAGAAUGAUGAAACCGAAGCCCGGUUUCUGGAGAUCGUCUCUAGAGUCGACUCAGACGGUGCCGCCCUUUUUGGUGGUCUGAUUGACCCAGCCAAGUUCGAGAAACUCAUCGAAGCCUACGAUAAAGUUCAGGCACAGGCAGGUAAUGCUGCUUUCAUGCACUCGUAUAUCAAUUUAGCCCUCCAACACGACUUCUUCUUGGGAGGAGACUACAUUGAAGCCUUCAGUCAUCCACUCCUGGUAUCAGUUGUCUCAUACCUUGUUGGCGGGGCUAUCCGCAUUGUAGAAUUCAGGGGGAAAAAUACCGACCCAAUCUCAAUCAAUGCCCAGGACAACAUGCUCCAUGUGGACAACACUCCUUUUAAGGAGGAAUAUAAGGUCUUGCUCAAUUGGCGACGAGGUCAAGUCAAAGGACCCUCAGGCCAGAAUUUUACGUUCUUACCUUGGACACACAAGGGCAACCGCGCCAUAAACUUCAAUAGCCAAGGAGAGCCUUGGUCCUCGGAAAGAGAUAGUCUUUUCGUUACAGAUGAAUCAAUCGAUGGGCUUUUUGAAUUUCAAAAGCGCGUGAAGGGCGUGUCUCGUGUCGUCGAAGCGAGACAUCCUGAUCAGCCAUUGUCAUGCUUGUUCCCAGCAGGGGCUCUUGUUCACCAACGUUAUCGUACCGAGGACGGAGAUCCCAGAAGUUGCAUAAUCACAGCUUUCCACUUGUCCAAAAAGCAUCCAGGCCAUAUUUCGGAGCUUCCGCCCGUCACUGGCCGAAAGAAGACCCUGAUAGAGUUCCUCGUUGGUCACCAAGAUGAAGGCUCCGAUGACGAGUUUUUGGACGUGCUCCUAGGCGAAUCACCACGCGUUGAGGAUAAACUCGAAGAGCUGUUUCAGCCAGACCACCCGUCCAAACUUAUAGAAACUGCUUCUCUAGCCCUAAGUGAUGAUAGAUUGGCAGUGUGGCGCGAGACCGUCAAGCAUGCGCCAAGCCCCAUUGUACACAAACUCAACAACGGUCUUCGUCUGUCUGAGAUGGACUUUAGUAAUCUUGAGACCUUAACAGAGAAGCUUGCUGCUGUUAUGGACUACGAUAAGCAUUGCAAUCUUCAGAUGAUUCUCUACGAAGAUGGCCGCGAAGAGAUUCGAAAGCCCGGCCGCAAAAUCAUAGGCGAGAGGAAGAAGGACGCGAUUACGAAGCGUCUAGGACCGUGGCUAUCCGAUCUUGGUCCGGCCUCAUUCUCAGCCAGUGAUAUGAUUGAGCCACAAACUUUAAGAAUCUUGUGCGAUGCAGUGGCAGAGCUAGCAGGCAAUCUUACUGGGGUUCCAUCUUCAGUAAGCAAUCGCACCGAGGAAUGGAAUAAUUUGACAGGCCAGACAAAAAUCUUCGGCUCUCUAAGCAGGCUGAUGACGGAUUUAGGCGAAGCAAUCACGAGGACCGAAGGCAUUGAGGCAUUCGUCGUGACCAGCUUGUUCCUAUUCCUGGCUUCGGAAGAGAUCUAUUCUCACUUGUCAAGCUCAGAUAAAACUGUCAUUCGUUUUGUCAUCGUCUUGUUCUUACGGAACUACAUUGCGGCUGUUCUACUUGUGGAGUCAAACAUGUCGUGA